CCAAGAACCACCCAAUACUUUGUUGCCAUCCGAUGACGUUGGAGCCUCCAUCACACUCACGCUCCAGCGCCCACCACUAGAGAAGAAACACACCUGAGCUGCGGUGACCCGGGUUUCCAACCUCGUCUGAUCCCUACGAUGAACCCUGCACUCUCGAAACAUCGGACACGCGGACAUUUCAGCCGAAGUCAUCCCCGCCGAGAGCUGUCAGACAAGACGACCAGACACGCCACGCCACGCCCACAACAGAACAAGCCAUGCUGCGGCUCCAAGCUACUCGAUCUUCAGGGGAUCGUCCGGGGGUUGGCAAAUGCGCUUAACUCCGACAGUACAUCAGAUUCUGGCUGUGUGAUUCGUUGUGGGGGAGAGUACACUGAUAGCUCUGAUGCCAUACGUACGUCAGUCUGCGUGCGUGGGUUUGGGUUUCGAUCGCUCUAUCUUGGUUUGAUCGAGGGUUGAAUCCGUGGGUUGGCGGAGAUCUGGUUGCUGGCUGCGGGAAUGUCAAUUGAGACGUACAUAUACGUGGUAGUAAGUAAUUAGGGGGAGGUUGGGG